AUGUCAGUUGUGUAUUACAAGAUUGUCCUUGGUAAGGAUUACACCUUACACAGGUAUUUAUGUCAUUUCGUCUCUUCUCAUGACCAUCUUCCAAAAGCAAACGGCCGAACUCUAGCUCCUUGCUUAAAAGAAGCAAAGCUGUGUCUAGCCAAUAUUCCACUUGCGCACAACAUCCUUCCCCACACCACUCCGCUAGCAGCUAGCAAGCACAAGGUGGUAAGUUUGCAUACGUGCAAAGCAUCGAUCAUGGGUGAUGCGCUGUGCGAUCAGCUCCUCGUGGACGUUGACGGCGAGUUCCAGCUCCCCUCCGACGCCGACGACCUAUUCAGGAUCCUGGAGACGUGGGAGGACUGCGUGAACGGCCCUGCCGCCGCGUUAAGCCCCACCACCGGCGGCCACGGCAGAGGUGGUCCUGGGCUUCUGCAGGCUGGUCCUGCGCCGGGAAACAAAGGCAGCAAGCGACGAGCGCCGCAGGACGAAUAUGACGGCACCGCAAAGACGCAGAAGAGGCAGAGAUACUCGCCGGAGGAGGGAGGCGGCGCGACGCCCAAGACGCCGCACAUCACGGUGGAGCGCAACCGGAGGAAGCAGAUGAACGAGCACCUGACAGUGCUGCGGUCUCUCAUGCCAUGUUUCUAUGUCAAGCGGGGUGACCAGGCAUCAAUCAUAGGAGGUGUGGUGGACUACAUCAAGGAGCUGCAGCAAGUGAAGCAGUCGCUGGAGGCCAAAAAGCAGCGCAAGGUCUACACGGAGCAUGUCCUCAGCCCGCGGCCGCUGCCGUCGUCCUACAGUCCACGCCUCCCGCUCAGCCCGCUCCACAGAUCCACGCCGCCGCUAAGCCCGCUCCUCAAGUCCACGCCACCGCUCAGCCCGCGCCUCGCCAUCCCGAUCAGCCCUGCAAGGACGCCGCCGACGCCAGGCAGCCCCUACAUUCUCCGGCCCCUCCCACCACCACUGAUCUCCGGCUCCACAUACGUGUCACCAGCGAUGACGCCAACCGGCCACGAUCCUGCGGCCUCCUCCUACCUCCCCUCGCUCGACGCCAUCACCGCCGAGCUGUCGGUCUACGCCAACCGGCAGGCGCUGCUGCUGCCCCCGACCAACCCCCUCCCCGACGUGAGGGUGGAGUUCGCCGGCGCGAACCUGGUGCUGAAGACGGUGUCGCACCGCGCGCCGGGGCAGGCGGUCAAGAUCAUCGCCGCGCUGGAGGGACGGGCGCCGGCGCUGGAGAUCCUCCACGCCAAGAUCAGCACCAUCGACGACACCGACGUCAACGCCUUCACCGUCAAGAUUGGAAUCGAGUGUGCGCUCAGCGCGGAAGAGCUGGUGCAAGAGAUUCAGCAAACGUUCUCGUAAACCACUGGCACUGGAGUUGUGAGAAACUGAGAUGAAAUAGCACAAAUUCUCGAGGGGAAAACAGAUUAUGUAGCAGAUGAGACUAGUGAAUAGCUGCUUGAGGGGUCGCGCACUUGAAUAGUAGUACAGGUGUUGUUCUCUAGCUAGAGAGCUAGAUCAAUCGUUUUGCUUUAGCUGCGUACGUAUGUAACUGCAUUUGUUCGUUAAAUGGUGCAUUUAAUUUUCACAA